AUGUUCCCUGUUUCAGGAGCAUUGGGCUCUCCCCAAGGUAUGCCUCAAGGAAUGAUGCCAAUGCAACAGCAGCAGCAGCAGCAGCAAGGAUUUCCCAUGGUUCCUGUGAUGCAGCCCAACAUGCAGGGCAUGAUAGGAAUGAAUUUUGGGUCACAGCUUCCUCCAGGAGCGAUGCCUAUGCAGGGUGGGAUGGCAAUGGGGCCGAUGCCCUCGGCUGGGAUGCCCUACAUGCCGCAGCAUGCGUACAUGGGAAUGCGUCCUCCCCCACCUCAGUACACACCAGAUAUGCAAAAGCAGUUUGCUGAAGAGCAGCAGAAACGAUUUGAACAGCAGCAAAGGAUGAUGGAAGAGGACCGCAAACGGCGACAGUUUGAAGAGCAGAAACAAAAGCUACGUCUUCUGAGCAGUGUGAAGCCGAAGAGUGGGGAAAAGAACCGAGAUGAUGCCCUGGAAGCAAUUAAAGGAAACCUAGCUGGGUUCAGCAGGGACGCAAAGAUGCACCCAGGCCCCACUUCACAUCCUAGUAAAUCAGAUGCUCCCCAAACUCCCCUCUCUGCUGUCCCUCCUUCCCAAUCCCCCGCCUUUCCCGACGAUGAAGAAUUCAGUGACUUUAUCCAAGGCCCCGAGUCCACCGCGCCUGCGGUUGCUGCAGGCUUCCUGCCCUUCCAUCCCACGUCGCAGGCUGUGCCGCAGUCUAACCCGCCUAUGGCUACGGCCCAGCCUGUCACUUCAACCCAUUCCCCAUCUGUGAAUCCAUUGUACGCAGCAACAGGGCUCUCUGCACAAAGCAGCCAAGGCCCUUCCCUGGAGGAGAAAAUGUUCGCUUCCUGUGACCUCAGUGCACCAAAGCAGGCGCACGUUGUGUUUAACAAACCUCAGCCCCAGGCCAGCAUUGGGUGCAAAGCUUCAGUCUCACCUCAGUUUCAGCCCAGUGUUAAAGCCUGUAACUGGGCCGUGCAAAAUGAAAACCUCAGAGGCGUCUUCGCAAGAGAGACGCCAAAGGAGCCAGAGCCAGCACCAGACAUGUCAGCUAAAGAGAGUGGGGUCGGAGUAUUUCCUCCACAAGACGCUCUCCAUCCCAUGCUGCCGGCCUGGAUCUUCAACGAUGGCCUUGUUCCAGAGUUGUACAAGAAAGUUCUUGAAUUCACCAUUACCCCAGCUGGCAUUGAUACAGGAAAACUGUACCCAAUUCUUCUGUCUUCAGGCCUACCAAGAGAGACAUUGGGUCAGAUAUGGGCUCUUGCCAAUAGAGCGACACCGGGAAAACUUACUAAAGAGGAACUCUAUACUGUGUUAGCUAUGAUAGCUAUGUCACAGAGAGGCAUUCCUGCAGUGAGUUUUGAAAAUCUCAACCAGUUUCCUUCCGCUCUGGUUCCUACGUUGAACGGGAUCCCAAUGACGAUGGCUGCUUCAGUUCCACAGCAGCCUGUUAUAUCGGUGCCAGCGUCCAGUGCUGCAUCUAUGCCCGGUCACCCAGGGCAGCCUGUGGUGGGAAUGAGUCUUCCUCUACCAGUGGGUGGCAGCACUGUGCAAGUUUCCGGUGGUUUUGUUGCAUCAUUCCCCAUCAGUCAGGCUGUAAGGUGUGAUGAUGAUGAUGAUUUCCAGGAUUUUCAGGAGGCUCCUAAGUCUAGCGCAGCUGACGAUUCGUUCACAGCAUUCAAGAGCGAGGCCCCAGGAACUUUGCCUAAAGCACCCGGCUCUCAGACAAGAAUCAGUGCACCUACAUUGCUGACCCCAAUCUCUGGAACUUCAGCAUCAUCUUCGGUUGACAAAUAUGCAGUCUUUAAAGACUUGACGGAAGACAAGCCUUCAGAGAAUACAUCAUUCGCAGAUUUUGGAGACAAAUACAGUGUCUUCCGGCAGCUUGACCAUGGUAUGGAGAAUAAAUCUUCAGGGGAGGGCUUUGCAGAAUUCAAGUCGGCAGUGAAUGAUGAUGGAUUUACAGACUUCAAAACCGCGGACAGCAUUUCACCGCUAGAACCUUCGGAGCAAGCAAAGACCUUCACGGCAGCCUUUCCCCCUGUGCCAUUUCUUCAGCAGCCGCCACAGCAACCUGCACUUCAGCCUAAAGACGCUUUCAAUCUCACAGACCUUUUUACUUCUGUCAGUUCCAGCGGAGAGAGCAAACCUGUGCCAUUUCCACCUGUUUCUGUGACAUCGUCCAUUGUUUCAUCUGUGUGUGUCACAUCCUCAUUGUCACCAUCACUCUCAUCCGGUGCUUGUACCUCGACCGGUGGCAAAGCUGCUGGUGGGGCAGAUGACUUUGGGGACUUCAACCUUUUCGGAGCAGCCACCAGUGCUUCGUCAGGUGGGGGGUGGGGGCAGGAUGAAUUUGCAGAUUUUAUAGCUUUUGGCAGCGCCGGCAGUACUGGAUCUUCUGAACAAAAAUCAGAUGAUAAAUAUAGUGUUUUCAAGCAGGAGAAGAACAAUGGCUUCACGGCAUCUUUCGACGUCCCAUUGGGCUUGACGGAAAGUGGGCCACCACCUCCUAUCUCAGCCACAGACAAGUACGAUGUCUUCAAGCAGCUGUCCGAGGAGGGUCCUGUGAUGGGCUUUGAGGAGCAAAAAGACAACCUUUCCCUUUCGCAAGAGAAGAAUGAUGAUGAUUUUCCGGCUGCAAAGUUCCCUCCCGCUUUCAGCACCUCGGACAAAGCUUUCAUAGAUAAGCUCUCCGCUUUUAAACAGGCGAAAGAGGACUCUGCCUCUGUGAAAUCUCUGGACCUUCCUUCUAUUGGUGGGAGCAGUGUUGGGAAAGAGGACUCGGAAGAUGCCAUAUCCGGUCAAUUUGACAUGAAGUCAGCUGAGGUCGGUGGUGACCUGAAACACGUGUUGUCUGACAGCUCGCUGGACUUACCACCCGUCAUUGGUCAGCAGCCUCCUAUUCCAGAUCUGGAUGACUUUAAGUUUGACCCCUUCGGAAACUUCAGCAAUGGCUCCGCGCUGAGCAGCCUAACCAGUUACGAUUGGUCCGAGAAGGAGUGCCCUGGUACCCAGAGCAAGAAGCAGCCACCGGCGUUUUUCCUCAACUCCGAGAGCAGAUCAUCGUCCUGCACCUCGGUGCUCCAGAAGAAAGAGACCUCCUUUGGCAGCUCGGAGAACGUCACCAUGACGACCGUCUCCAAGGUAACCACAUUCUCCGCCGAGGAGGCGAGCUCGGAGAACAAGUUUCCUGCUCUGGGAGAUGCGAGAGAAACCGACGAGUGGGCCAAAGAGAAAACGCAAGAGGGCGAUGAUUUCGGGGACUUCACCAGCAUCUCCUCCUCUGGGGCAGAACCAAUAGCUGCUAAACCCAAUGGGACUGAGCUGUGUGUGCCUCGUGCACAGGAAACCGCCCCGCUACCGACAUCGCCUUUCGCCAAUGGCAUCGACGCUGAGGAGCAGAAAGCCGAAUGCUUCGACGAAUUUGGCGAAUUCCAAAGCGAGAAACCCAAAAUCAGUAAAUUGGAUUUUCUUCUGGCUGGUUCACAGGCCAAGGUGAAGUCCAGCGAGGAGAUGAUCAAGAGCGAGCUGGCCACUUUCGACCUCUCUGUCCAAGGAUCUCACAAAAGAAGUUUGAGCCUAGGGGAUAAAGAAGUAAUUCGAACUUCAGCAGCUUCAGAGCAGCCUUUCCGAGACCGAUCCAAUACACUUAAUGAGAAACCAGCACCUCUGCCCGUCAUCAGGGACAAGUAUAAGGACCUUACUGGAGAAGUGGAGGAGAAUGAACGUUAUGCUUAUGAAUGGCAAAGGUGUUUAGAAAGUGCAUUGCAGGUGAUUAAGAAGGCCGGUGAUACUCUGAACGGAAUCAGCAGUUCAACAGUUUGCAGUGAAGUUAUCCAGUCCACGCAAGGCAUGGAGUACCUCCUGGGAGUUAUUGAAGUCUACAGAGUAACAAAACGGGUUGAGAUUGGAAUUAAGGCGACAGCCGUCUGUAACGAGAAACUUCAGCAUCUGAUGAAGGAAAUUGAGAAGAUCUGGAGCAACCUGGUAGUGUUCAUGUCUCUCACUCCACUCACGCCAGAUGAAAACUCGUUAGAUUUCUCCUCCUGCAUUCUACGUCCGGGGAUAAAAAAUGCAAAGGAUCUAGCCUGCGGAGUUUGCCUGCUUAAUGUUGACUCCAGAAGCAAGAAGGAAGAAAAGUUGGAGGAUCAUCCAAAACAAGCAUUCAACUCCGACAGCGACAAUUUUAAGUUGUUUUACGGCGGUCACCAGUAUCAUGCAAGUUGUGCCAAUUUCUGGAUCAACUGCGUGGAGCCCAAACCACCAGGCCUCAUCCUCCCCGACCUGCUCUGACCCACAGUCAUAAGAACUCGCUGUUAUUAAACUUAACUUAUCCAGCAGAGUGACGCUUCACUGACUGACGUUAGGGCAGGAAUUGGAGGAGGCAAUGCCCACCCAGGUCAGUCUGCAAAACAGAAGCAAACCAACUCGUCACUUUUUAUUAUUUUUUAAAGAUUAUUUAAAACGCAUCGAUGUUGGUUUGGAGAUAUUUUACUUGCGAUUCAUUAUCUCUUAACAAAACAUAACGGUCCCAAGGAUGCUCCAGAAUUAAACCAGAACACGCGCGCGGUAUAACAGCUCAGAUUCAGACCUAACACAUUCUUAUCUGUUUGUCUGUUCCCAUAUCUGAAGUCCAGACAUUGAACUAGGUUUGUUGCUGCUUUGCUGGAGAUGUCGCCAGAUGGCAUUAGGUUGAACAGGACAGAAUUUUUACAUGGUGACAUCUCUCUGAUCCAGAUACGGAAGUAUUCACUUUGUUCUGUUUAGCUCUGAUGUUCUUUUAGUCCGAAAAGCUUGUUGAAAAGAUGCUGAAAUGUUUUAUCUGCUUUAAGAUGCUCUCUCCACACCUUCCUGAUUCUCAGCUGGACUAGUAGGUGGAAUGUAUUGUAGUGGUAGAGUGCCUUGGGUUUGGGGGGAGGGUGGGAGGGAGAGGGGUAGGGAAGGGGAGAGAAAAGAUAUUGCUGCAGCUCAUUUCAUCUUCUAGCGAGCACCUUUGUACUAUGUGCUGCUCUAAUGUUGAAGCCUUGAGAACUUCUUUGCUUCCCAAAUUCCAUCUGAAUUUGGCAAUGCAAAGGCAAAUGCUCAUGAGCAGAGGUAAACUGUAAGUAAUUGCAUGCUUCUUAGAGGCAAGAGAAAUAGCACACGCCCUGUUUGGUAGGACAGACCACUGAUGUUCAGUGUGAAACCUUAUUUUAAAAUUAAAUCACCAAUCUAUUUAAUUGGAAUGUGAAUUAAAGAACGCCCUUAGUUAACCAUGUGCGCCAGGGGUUUAGUGCCUUUUUAAAAACUCUUUACUGGUUCCAAUCUGUUUUUAAGCUGUGGAGGCCUGGAUUGUAAACUUCUAAAGUGCUUUUCACCCACGUAUUAUUUAAACCACUCGACUUGAUUGGGGGCUCUCCUGCUCAGAGACAGUGGGGAUCCUGGUGUGUAAACUACGGCCUUCAUCUCUAUCUAGACACCACAAUUGUACCACAAUUCUUUUGAAUAGAAAAUCACAAACAUUUGGCCGAACUCCUUUCACUUCUGUGUUGUUUUUUUCUUCUUCGGUUGCCCUUCCUGGGUCUCCGGUUUGAAACGCAGUCAAGUUUCAUGCUCUCUCUACCUGAGCAUUGAACUGAAUUGGAAGCAUGGAUGUCCUCACAAAACAUAUUAUCCAUAAGCACAGGUAAUUCAGCCGCUGCAUUUCACCUGCAACGAAUCGUCAAGGAUCGAAUGUGCUCAAAUCACUUCUUGCCCAGUUCUCGCCAGGUGCAAUUCUGAAAAACACAGUUGUGAAGGGGACCAAAGACGUUACCCCUUUUCUGGGGGUUGGCUGUAACUCAGAACUAUCCAAAUCAGAUCUACGUAACGUGCCAUUCUAAAACCUGCCAGGCUUCUUGAAAAAAGUUCAGCAUCUCUCUUUUUUUAAAACAGUUAGUUUAUUUUUUCAUUUGCAGAUUAAGUUAGUUUGCGAUCUGUAGGUUAUUUAUUUAAUGUAUCCUCUUCCCCCACGUCCCCACCUCACUGCAUGGAACCUUUCUCCCUGUUCAUCAUGAUGAUUUACACCACGGAUUCCUCUACAUUUGCUUCUUCACCAUGAUCUGUACUAACCUGCACAAAGCCCAGUGUGAAACCUGUGAGGUGCUGUACACCCUCCAGCAUGUUUGUAGCUGAGGUUGAGGCACAGACUGCCUUUCUCAAACUCGCAGUCUCCUCCUGCCUGUGUGAAAUGCCCAGUUAACCAGCAAUUUGGGGUUAAAACUCUUUAGAUGUGCUGUACAAUUCUUUAGGGAUGAUCCUUAUUCAGGAAAGGUUUAUUAUGGUAGUUUAUUUUAAGUGGGUUGAAUUUUUUUUUCUUUUCAAAAACCACUCAUCUGUCAGCCAUUUCUAACUUGGCAAAUUUGUGUCACGGAAUAUCAUUUCAAUAAAAUGUACGCUGAUUGACCUUCACUCACACGGACAGAGAGCAGAGUACAGUGAACUGAACGGCAAAAGUCAUAUUGGCCCAUUGGAACGUUGAGUACAUCUGAUUUGGUCGUUUUGCAGUGAAAUCUACUAAAGCCAGGGAUAGAGAUUCUUUGCGAUCAUGUUCAUUGAAAGGUCUCCCGACUUGACAUUUAACAAAGCGUCCGUUUGCUAUAAAAGAAGUGCAGACGGAACGUAGUUAAAAUGGUCUUUACCCCUAAAUAAAGGUGGCCAGCUGGUUUAGGAAGACGUGCACCUGAGCUCUCCACCUUUAUCUUCCACAAUGGCACAUUAAAUGGCAGAGGCAAGCUAAGUACCACCUUGGUCAUAAUCGAGCCCUAUUGCAAGGGCGUUUUAACCGGUUCACGAGUAACGUGCACUUUUUACAUUCCUUUUUAUCCACAUUAAUUCACUGUGACGAUGGUGUUCUGCAUGGUAUAUUUAUAUAACUGUUUUAUUGUGUGUGCGUGCGCGUGGGGGUGGGGUGGGGGGGGGUGCGGGUCGUUGCUGUUUAUACGUUUGCUUCGCCUCGGUAAGUUUGUUUUUAAAAAAAAAAAAAAAAAAAAAUUCCGACCUGUUCGUUUGUGGCUAUUAACCAA